CCCACAAUGCACCCGGACUCGCCCUUCAACGCUCGCAUGCUAGUGUGACAGCACAGCAGACGCGUGAAAUGUGCCAGUAUACCAGUUCAAAGUCACAGCAGCAGCAAUGAAAGUGGAGUAAAAUGUGUUUAACUAGCUUUCCUGCAGAACUGACUCGUGUGGUUUGACGCGAGCUUGUUUUUCUAUGUCAGUGGAUGGUGACUGGCUACUGUUUAUGUAAGUGGAUGGUGACUGGAGUUUAUCACUUCAUCAUAUGUUUGUUUAUGAGAGUUACAACAGGUGCUGUCAGUCAGACUGUCAGGUGUGGUGUGAGUGUGUCGGCCGGCGAGCCCCCGGUGUGCUGGCCUGUAUGAAUGGAUCAGGUUGGCAUGGGUAAUGCAGUUCAGGAGCGCCAGGGGGCGCUGGCACCGGGUGAAGUGCUGCCACGCCCCGCCCCCAGCCAAUCAGAGGGCUUUAAACAGGGUCGGUCGGUCUUGAACUCUCUGCUCUCGGGGGCGUUUGCAGGAGCCGUGGCUAAAACCGCCGUCGCUCCACUGGAUCGAACCAAGAUUAUCUUCCAAGUGUCGUCGAAAAGAUUCUCCGCUAAGGAGGCGUACAGGUUAAUUUACCGCACAUAUCUGAAGGAUGGGUUCUUCAGCCUGUGGAGGGGAAACUCGGCCACUAUGGUGCGCGUUAUUCCAUACGCUGCCAUCCAGUUCUGCGCACAUGAACAAUACAAGAGGAUUCUGGGACAGCAUUACGGCUUCCAGGGCAAAGUUCUGCCGCCUGUGCCGCGGCUGCUGGCGGGCUCGAUGGCGGGAACAACGGCUGCCAUGAUCACGUACCCGCUGGACAUGGUCCGCGCUCGCAUGGCCGUCACACCCAAGGAAAUGUACAGUAACAUCAUGCACGUGUUCGUGCGCAUCUCUCGCGAGGAGGGACUGAAGACGAUCUACAGGGGCUUCACUCCCACCAUCCUCGGCGUCGUGCCGUACGCAGGAAUCAGUUUCUUUACAUACGAGACGCUGAAGAAAGUUCACGCAGAGCACACGGGUCGCUCUCAGCCGUACUCGUACGAGCGCCUGGCGUUCGGUGCGUGCGCGGGUCUGAUCGGUCAGUCCUCCUCGUACCCGCUGGAUGUGGUGCGCAGACGCAUGCAGACGGCCGGCGUCACCGGACACACGUACGGCACCAUCUCCGGCACCAUGAGGGACAUCGUGGCGGAGGAGGGCGUGAUCCGAGGACUCUACAAGGGCCUGAGCAUGAACUGGGUCAAAGGGCCCAUCGCGGUCGGCAUCAGCUUCAUGACCUUCGACCUCUCGCAGAUCCUGCUGCGCAAGUUUCAGCAGUUCAACUACAGCGCGCGGUAGCAGCGUAGAGACCCGACGUAAGAUAAACAGAACAAGUUCAGUUUCUUUUUUUGGUAACACUUUACAAUAAGGUUCAUUUGU